AUGCGGCGACCACAAAACGCGCUGUCGGCGCUGCUGGCCCUGCCCGCCCUCGUCGCGGCCGUCAACCUCGACUGCAAGGACAUCGUCGUCGACAAGGUCGCGUACGACCUGAGCCCGCUCGGCGGCCCGCACUCGGUCCACUGGAUACGCGACAUGCCGCCUUCGGUCAUGAACUUUACCUUUACGCUCGACAUAUGCAAGGGCCUGAAGGACAACACCAAGAUCCCCACGGGCGACAAGUGCCCCGUCGGCACUAGAGUAUGCGGCAUCGACUCGUCGUACAACCCGGCCGAGAACCACGAGCAGAUUGUGCAGGUGGUGCCGAUAGCGGGCGACUUCCAGGGCAGCACGGGCAAGACGCUGGACCCCAAGAUCACGCGGCUGCGGCACUCGGACAGCAACGCCGACGCGGACAAGGAGGGCUUGCGCAUCGAGCUCAACGGCGGCAAGUACCCGAUGAACAAGCGCAAGGGCCAGAAGCAGAAGGCCCUGAUUGAGUUCUUGUGCGAUAACCGCACCGAUGGCGUCGAUGAGAGCCAGGAGGACAAGGAGAAGGAGAAGCGCAGGGAGGAGCGUAGGCUGGCGAGGUUGUUGAAGCGCGAGGAGCAGAAGAAGGACGAGGAUGGCGAGAAGGAUGAUGAUAAGGAUGAUGACAAGGACAAGGACGACGAUGACGAUGACGACGACGAUAAGGACAGCGAGGAUAAGCGUCCCCUCAAGUUCAUCAGCUACAAGGAGGAGGCAGACCAGACCAAGGUCCUGCGCCUCGAGUGGCGGACCAAAUACGCCUGCGAGAAGCGCGACGGCGCCGACUCGCCCAGCAAAACCAGGUCGGAGCACUGGGGCUUCUUCACCUGGUUCAUCAUCAUCGUCUUCUUAGCCAUAGCCACAUACCUCAUCUUCGGCUCCUGGCUCAACUACAACCGCUACGGCGCCCGCGGCUGGGACCUCCUGCCCCACGGCGACACCAUCCGCGAUAUCCCAUACAUCCUCAAGGACUUUGGCCGGCGCGUCGUUGGCGCGCUGCAGGGCGGUGGCGAUCGCGGCGGGUAUAGUGCUGUUUGA